AUGGAUACCGUUGGUUGGGACGCUAAGGGCGACUGGGGCUGUUCCAGGGCAGCAGAGAAAGACAAAAAAGCACCUGCUGCACCGCCCGCGCGCUCUUUUGCUCCUCGUCUCCCUGUCAGCCAGACGCUUCUGGGGGCGUUGGUAAGAGGCCGAGACGUGCCCGAUGUGGUGGCCUUGACCCAAUCGCCAUCCCGGAAACCGUUGUCCAAAUGCCCGGUCAAGAGUUUGGUUCUGGUUCAGAUGGCCGCCUGGCCUUGGAAGCUGCAGGUCCGUACGGCGUCAAUCAUACCGUUGGUGCUGUGCGCUGCUGCCCCUUAUCCACUGCGUGCUACCACCACGCAGCUUGUUAGCUCUGUA